AUGCUGUCCCAACGGAUCCUGGCCCGGCGCCUGCCCCAGGUUGCUGCCCGCAGUGCCAUUGCCCCCCGCGCAUCCUUCUCCCAGGUCCCGGCCCACCGUGCCGCUGAGAUCGAGGACCCUCUCCAGAAUGGCGGCUACCAGAACCCUCCCCGUGUGAAGCGUCAGUUCAGAGAUCCCUACGGUGGCUGGUGGGAUAAGCAAGAGAAGCGUAACUUCGGAGAGCCGGUCCACGAGGAGAACGAGAUUCUCGGUGUCUUCAGUCCCGAGCAGUACACCCACGUCAGCUCCCGCAAGGGUUUCUUCCACCUGGGAGUGUUCGUCGCAACCUUCCUGAGCCUUUGCGGAGUUGUCAGCCUCUACUACCCCGACAAGCCGAGUGCUCCGAAGACCUACGUUGAUGGUUUGGAGAAGGAACUGGGCGGUCCCAAUGCGGUGCCGGCUCGCAAGGCUAGUGAGGACAAGUGGUAA